GAAUCCUUCCAUUCGUACUUAAUGCCAGAAAGAACCUACGAAAAACCUACGACGUUGGAGGUUUUGUCCCUCUUCAGCCCAUGUGAUACCCUUGCGGGGGAGGACGAAUCUGCCCUUGCCUAGGAGAAAGCUUUACUCCUCGUCAACUUAUAUAGGAAUCGCUUUCUCACUUGUUAGCGUUUUGCGCUGCUCUCUUUCUCUAUCUGUACUACGGCUGUGGAGGCCAUUAAUGUUUGUCAAUUACAAUUCCCAUGGAAACAAAGCGCCACCAUCAUAAAUUGCACAUGUCCUCUCCCUCUCUUCCUUGUCCGGUUAAGGGAAAUUGACGGGAAGUCCUUCUGUCGCGCGUGCCCGCAUCGGUUUCCGAUGCUCUGUCGAGCGUGGUUGGGUUAUUUUCUCGUGGCUGGCGAGAAGAUGAGCUACUGGCGGCCGCAAUGGAGUCCGCUCGGCCCCGGCGGCCGGCGGCAGGGAGCCGCGAUGGUUCAUCUGCUGCUGCUGUGGUGCUGCAUUGUCCGUUCUGCGUCGACCCACCAUUUUCCAGGGGGCAGAAAACCCAAGCCUCCUCUUGGGGUCCAGCUCAGUUUGCACGACCCGGGGCAGGUUCUGAUAGACAACGGGCUUGUCCAAGUAACCCUAUCGAUUCCAGAUGGAGAUGUCAUAGGCAUUCGGUACAAUGGCAUCGAUAACUUGCUCGAAGGCCUCAAUGAAGAAAACAACAGAGGGUACUGGGAUGUUGUUUGGAACUGGCCCGGAGAACCGAUCAAAUACGACAGGAUACAAGGAACAAUAUACAGGGUCGUGACACAAAAUGAAGACCAAAUAGAGAUGUCGUUUGUCAGAAAAUGGAGCCCCUCGGCCAACCACACCGUGGUCCCGCUGCACAUCGACAAGAGGUACAUAGUGCGCCGUGGAACCUCGGGAUUUUAUGCUUACGGCAUUUUCGAGCGACCGGAAGGAUUGCCGGACAUCGAAAUGGAUCAAGUCAGGAUCGUUUACAGGCUCCAGAACAAAAAGUUUCAUUUCAUGGCUUUGUCGGAUGAUAGGCAGAGAGUCAUGCCGAUGCCGGAGGACCGGAUCACGGGCCAGCCACUGGCCUACCCGGAAGCGGUUCUCUUAACCGAUCCAAUCAACCCGGAACUCAGAGGAGAGGUGGACGACAAGUACCAGUACUCAUGCGAGAACCAGUACAACAAUGUGCACGGCUGGAUCUGCGGCGACCCGCCGGUGGGCUUCUGGUUGAUCACGCCCAGCAACGAGUUCCGCACCGCCGGGCCCGUCAAGCAGGACCUCACUUCCCACGUCGGCCCAAUCACCCUCUCCAUGUUCGUGAGCACCCACUAUGCUGGGAAAGAAGUGGGCAUGAAGUUCCAGGGUGGACGGCCCUGGAAGAAGGUCUUUGGCCCUGUUCUGAUCUAUCUUAACUCAGUUCCCCCGGAGGAAGACACGAGCACUCUCUGGCAAAAUGCCAAAGAGAAGAUGUAUAUGGAAUCAAAGACCUGGCCUUACGGUUUCGCCGAGUCGGAGGACUUCCCUUCUUCGAAGGAGCGAGGAAUGGUUGUUGGCCAGUUACUUGUUCGCGACAGAUAUGUAAGUAAGAGAUACCUGUGGGGGGAAUUUGCCUAUGUCGGCCUAGCAUCUCCGGGACAGGCCGGGUCGUGGCAAAGAGAGAACAAGGGUUAUCAGUUUUGGCAUCGAGCAGACAGGAAGGGAAAUUUCAUAAUCAACAACAUUCGAGCCGGCGAAUAUAAUUUAUAUGGAUGGGUUCCUGGUACUAUCGGAGAUUACAAGUAUAAAGGCAUUGUCACUAUCACACCAGGUUCUGCGAUCAACUUGGGGAUGCUCGUCUACGAGCCGCCGAGACACGGCCCUACUCUAUGGGAGAUUGGCGUCCCCGACCGUACGGCUUCUGAGUUCUACGUGCCCCAACCUUACCCAACCCUCAUGAAUAAUUUGUAUGCUAACAACAGACAAUACAGAUUUAGGCAAUAUGGCUUAUGGGAGCGAUAUGCAGACUUAUACCCCAGAAGUGAUCUUGUCUUCCAUGUGGGCGUCGAUGAUUAUCGUAAAGAUUGGUUCUUUGCACAGGUCACUAGGAAUUUAUAUAAUUACACAUUCGCAGCGACGACAUGGCAGAUUGUGUUUGAACUCGAGACAGUGAAAAAGACAGCCGGUUACGUCCUGCAACUGGCCUUGGCAUCUGUUACUGAAUCUGACUUGCAGGUACGGUUCAACGACCCGACCAUGGAGCCCCCACUCUUCGCCACAGGGAGAAUUGGACAGGACAAUGCAAUAGCGAGACAUGGCAUUCAUGGUUUAUACUGGUUGUACAGCAUUCCGGUGCCAAGCUCGCAACUUCGCAGGGGAAGCAACACAAUCUUUUUGACUCAGGCCUGGGCCAUAAACCCUUAUCAGGGAGUCAUGUACGAUUACAUUCGACUCGAAGGGCCUCCAGAGUUGUGAAUAGAUAUAGUCUUACAGGUUACAAAGUACUAGCAGAAAGGGAAGCGUCAAUAUUAGUUUCUCACAUAUUGGGUUAUUACAUUGAGCAUUUAUUAGCUUAAGAACUGUGGAAUUUGAAUAUUUGAUCAUAAUAAAUCUAUUUUAGAAUA